AUGCCGCCUCAAAGCCAGCGCUUUCAGUCCUACCAACAAGGAUUGAAUUACUCUGCCAAGGAUUUUGACCGGUCAAUUUCCCCGAAGAACAAUUCCGGGAAUGAGAGUGCCCAGUUCACUCAAGGAUGGCUUCCUAACUCACAACCGAACUGGAAAAUUGAUAAUAGCUCCUUCAGCCAGCCAAUGCACCCCCAUCAGCCCUAUCAUACGGAUCUAUUUGCGAACAACCCUGCAUGCCAGCCGAGCCAAAUCGUUCACUGUGACUCUGGCUACGAGACUUGGGAUGAGCCGCCGAAACCCUUAUUAUCCCAGGAUGGAUUCUCCAGACGUCAAAGUUCGGAAAGUCUAGUCAAAGCCAUGUCACCUCAAAGUUUUUCUACGACGGCAACGGGGAUACCACGGGCUGAGAGUGAGAGGUUCCGCUUCCAUACUUGUCUUCGAGCCUCGACUGCGAUGAUCACAGACUCGAAGGAGGCACCCGAGUCUUACCUUAACAAGGGCCAAAUCUACCAUCUACGAUUAAUCGACACAACGCCGCCUAGCUCGAUUACCGAAGCAACUAGGUACCGUACUUUCGUCCGUGUUUGCUUUAAGGAACAAGAACAGCGAGUCAACGCAGAAUCAUACUGGCGGUUAUGGAAAGAAAGCCGGGGCUUAGCCGAGUCAGAUAAGAAAGACUCUGAACUUCGAGCCCUCGAAUAUGCUGGUCAAAAUGGUCCUCAGAUGCAGGUUGAGGAGGAGUUUCUCGAUGGAUUUACCGUUUCUUGGACAAUCAAUCCAAUGACCGGCGUGAACGAAUGUACAAUCCCAGUCCGAUUCAACUUUCUCUCUACCGAUUUUACGUUGGCAAAAGGGGUAAAGGGUAUAUCAGUGCGACUUUGCGCCAAAUCGGAUCAGCUCAACAACCUCGAGACACCCUACGAGCCAGAAAUUUGUUUCUGCAACAUCAGGGUUUUCCGAGACCAUGGUGCUGAACGAAAAUUAUCCAACGACAUUACCAAUCUUCAAAAGAGAAUCGCAAAAUUGACGGAGCAAAUUGGGAAGACUUCGCUUCACGAGCCACCGAAGAAACGCAAGCGGGGUAGCGUUGCCGCAAAAAGUAUGGGUGACCUCAAGGGUUCCGAUCAGACCCUGACCCGUGAACAUGGCUGGUCAUUGGACAUGGGCGGGGAUCCAGCAGCAGAUAAGCUUCAAAUAAAGCUGGCCAAUCUUCGCAAUAUGUUAUUCUCAAGUUCCUCGGAGAGCGUGCUGGGUCUUCGUGGUAGCAAGGAGAAUGAUCCUGAGGUGCAUGUCACUCGAUUGCGAUCUACGGCCAGUCCUGGGCUCCGAAUUACUGCGGCACAACGAGGUAGCACUGCCUCCCUGGAUGAAUCGCUGAGCUCUGUACGUUUGGGCUUGGACAGCAUGGAUACUUCUCAAGAUGGCUUGUCAGUGGCAAGUCUGGAAAAUUCUGGCCUGCGACGGUCGCCCAUGCCUGUCGCAUGCUUUUAUAUCUAUCGUACAAGGAACGGUCCAUCCUCGGAUCGAUAUUAUCGCACGAUUUAUCUGAGAGAACGCACUGCGCAUGACCUGACUCAAAGGAUCUGUGAGAAAUGUGGAGUCGACCCAUCAAAGAUUGCUCGCAUGUUGCACACCAAUCAAGCUGGUCUUGAGAUUUUGGUCGACGAUGAUUUUGUUCAACAGAUGACGGAAGGUCAGGAUAUGAUUGUCAAGAUCGAGGAACUUUCAUUGAAAGAUGGCAGCGCGGGAUCGCUGCCUAGUGCGCCUUUGGGGAUUUGGUUGGAGUAUUGA